GGCCGCGGGUCAAGCUUCGCACGUAUCGCUCCUUCCACCAUUACAUACAACCCCAGGGCCCUGCAAUUGUCUUGAUUCCCAUGACCCUCUGUCCUCCAAACUACAAUGCCAUCUAUCCAGGACCGUCCAUCGGCUUUUACGCCCUCUAGGCAAUUGCAAUCCUGGACGCAUGACGACAAGAGUAGCCCUUACCCGCUGCCAGAUCACCGCAGGCCAUCCAUGAUGCAACCAGAGGCUUUGAGACCCAUGGAGCCCGCCAGCAUGGGAAAUGCACCAAGGCCUUACUUGCCCGCUCGGAUUAAUGACCCAAACCAGCCACGACAACAACUACCUGGCCUCCAGGAACUAUUAAGUCCGCCUUUGAGAACUGGCCCCCCGUCAUAUUCUCCCAAUUGGCCAUCGGUCAACAACUCACAACCUAAAUGGUCGGAUGGCCCUGCCUCUUCGGCCAAUGUGCAGCUUCCGCCAGCCAACAGACCACCACAAAUUGGAUCAAUCCCAUUCAACCCUACUCCUCCACCUUUCCAUCGCCUGUCUUUAGAUGUUUCUCCAAUCGACAGGUUUCCUCAACAUUCAUCUAAUAUUCCCCUGGGUGCGAGGCCCUCUUUGCCCGCCCCUCCACCACCCCCGCUUCGCAGGCCUUCGGAUUAUCAAAGCUCGCGCGCUGCAGACCAACUGUCCCAAUCUACACAGGUCGUUGAGAUUGCGUGCCCCCCUCAAUCACAGGUGGCCUCUCCCUACCACGAAGAAAUUUCUGAUGGCGACAUGGCCAGACGUCUGAACGCGACUCAAGGGAUGCGAAAUGCGCCUCCUGCUAGUAAUUACAGCCUGCAAUGUGUUGGUCAACGCCACAUACCUGGAGAAGGGAUGUGCUACGUCUUCAAAGACGGUAGCACUUGUCCAACUAUAAUUGACGGAGAGCCGGUAAACCCGCUUUGGGGGACUACCAAGGCAGGCAAGGCUCGAAAAAGACUUGCACAGGCAUGCCUGAACUGUCGUGAAAAGAAAAUCAAAUGUGAACCUGGUGAGAAGAGUUGCCUCCAAUGCGAAAAGGCCAAGCGAGAAUGCCACAGCAGGCCACCAGCUCCACAGUCACAGGUUGAGCUUGCCAACAAUCCGACUCUGACCAUCCCCAAUGUUCCUUUGGGGCGAGCUGAGUGGUCGAGUCAAUCUUCCGGCAGCAUUGUCAUGGCAGAGGUGCCGAACCAGAAACGCAGGCGUUCAGCACAAGCAGCACAACAAGACGUGCUUAAUCUUCCGCCUACCUGGAGCCGCGACAGAUCCCCUCAAAGUGUAAAGAGACGCAAGUCCGACGGCUCUGCAUCCUCUUUCGAUGGCGCCACUGAUGAGAGACAACGCAAAGACAGCAAAAGAGUCGACCUCGAAGAUAUGAUUCACCCACUCUCCCGACCAGAAAAGCAGAGUCUUUCAUCGUGGGAUGAGGACCCGUACCUCCACGACCCUGAAGCUACAAUGCGCUUCCUCGAAUUAUUCUUUGCCCAGUCUGCUCGCGAGAUAAGCAUCAUGUUUCCUCGGGAUGCUUUCACCCGCUGGGUACAGCAAUGUCGCGAGAAAUGUCAACGGGAAUGUAUGGUACUAUACGCAGUCCUUGCUCUGGGUUCCAUCUUCGCCGAGAACGAAUUCUCUUCCUUUGCCAAAACCUGUGCGGAGAAAGCUGGUCAAGCAGUUUCGCGUAUCGAUGGCAAGUUCAGCAUGGCUAUGGUACAAGCAAGAUUGCUUGUAGCUGGAUACAACCAUCUGGUCGGAAAAGACAGCACAGGCUGGGACUUGAGCGGCUCUGCUCUCAGAGUCAUCAGUGCAAUGCGACUGAACAGCGAAGAUGGAUGUGCGGAAGACUUGGAUGAAUACACCCGCCGAUAUUACAGCUUCUCGCGGGAGCAGCUUAAAGAGUGUCGCAGGCGAACCUUCUGGACCGCUUUUCUUGUCGAUCGUUACCAUGGAUUCUGCGGAGGGUUACUUUGUGCCAUCCAGCUUGAGGACAUUCAGCUUCGACUCCCUUGUAAUGAGCGAUUAUACGAAGAAGGCUUAGCCUCCGAUGCACCACUGUUUGAUUGUUUCCAGCCAGGCAUGGGUAUACAAUCUCUGGACCCUCACUCAAGCGCACCAAGCCCUGCAGCAUACACAAUGGUCGUCGCUUCUCUCUGGACUGACGUGACGAAGCUCAUAUUCCGCCGACCUCGUCAGACUGCAGGUCCCGGAUCCUACGUGAAGAGCCACGAAUCGUUACUAGACGAUGUUCAACGCAAGCUCUUUGACUGGAGAAACGCGUUGCCGUCUCACCUGCAAUACAGCCGACAAAAGCUCGUUGAGGCAAAUCAGCAUGGGUACGCCGGCAGCCUCAUUGCCAUGCAUGCCUUGUAUCACAUUUCGCAACUAAAAGCAGCACGGAACGCACACCAUGAGCUCCUGUCUCCCCGUACUAUGGCGCGACAGAUCAAUGUUGCACACUCACAUGCUAUCCAGCUUUUGGAGAUGGUGUGCGACGUGCGAAGCACAAAGUCUCCUGGAUCAGGCAAAGACCAGGAUCCGAUCAAUCUCUUGUCACCUUUCUUCGCCUACGGAAUAACUGCAGCUAUCGACACACUCAGCGCAGGUGGCCUGAGAGAAGACUUUGGACGCACUAUAAUGCUCAUGAACGAUGGUAUAGCCACCUUGCACGACCUCUCUCAGUUCUGUGCUAGUGCCAAAAUACAGGCGAGGCAAACAAGCAAGAGGAUGGCACUAAUCGAGGUACGAGCAGCUGAAAGCUUCGAGUCAACGGCAGUGGUAGCAGCGCCUCGUGCAAUCAACGGCAGAGAGAAUCAGGACUGUUGGAGGAUCAAUGAACCGAUGGAAAAGGUGUUCACGUUGCAGCAAGACGUGAGCUACGGAACUUCUCCCACGAUCUAUUUCGCGGCGCUAAGAGAAGGUCGUUGAAGGAUACCCAAGUUAUUAGACUUUGAAAUGAGCCACGCAUGAAUGACUAUGAACAAACUGUAUUUUACAACAGCGAGGAGUUUGGCGAACGUGGUUGACGCGACCUCCGAGGACGUUUGCUUUGUGUAUCUCGGGUGUAUUACUCUUACCGGCUUGUACACAUCUCACAAUGGUUCUCAAGAUUGGGGACGGGCUGUUAAUUGGUCAUACUGAGCCAUUUCCUUCAAGCGGUGUAGUUCGUGGUUCUGCCCCAGCAGAAAAAACUACCAAAAGUCAUUUUUGUUUUGUUCUACAGUACUCAUGUACAAUAUACAGUACGUGAGAGCCGAGAUGCGGAUACUAAGUACCGAAGCCGUAUUGCAUGAACAUUGGUUUGAACGUUCGUCGGACCAUGUUGUUGGUUGGGAGAUGUGCAGGGCAAGGUUGUAACUUGGUAGAGUACGUAACUUAAUGCAUAUAUCAAAC